GGAAGGCCUCACUGGACGUCCACUGGCCUCCAAUGAGUUCCCCAAUGAGGAACCUUGGGAAUCUGAGGCUCAAACUGAGACCAUAGAGAUUCCUUUAGACUUACUGCUGCCAUUCUUGAGCUCUGAUGAGUAUUCUUCCUCUGAAGAGGAUGAGUAUGUCACUGAAGAGCAAGUUGCUAAAUACCUUGGAGCAAUCAUGAAGCUGAAUGACAGGUUAUUUGGAAAUGAGACUUGGGAGGAUGAACCCCCUUUGCUCACCAAAGAACUGGAUAACUUGUCUAGGCAGCAUUUGCCUCAAAAGAGGCAGGAUCCUGGGAAGUUUUCUAUACCCUGUACCAUAGGCACCAUGACCUUCAAGAAGGCCUUGUGUGACUUGGGGUCAAGUGUAAACCUCAUGCCCCUCUCUGUAAUGGAGAAAUUAGGGAUCUUUGAGGUGCAAGCUGUAAAAAUCUCACUAGAGAUGGCAGACAAUUCAAGAAAACAAGCUCAUGGACUUGUAGAGAAUGUUUUGGUGAAGAUUGAAGACCAUUACAUCCCUACUGACUUCAUAGUCCUGGAGACUGGGAAGUGCAUGGAUGAAUCAAUCAUCCUUGGCAGACCCUUCCUAGCCACAGCAAAGGCUGUGAUUGAUGUUGAUAGAGGAGAGUUGAUCAUUCAAGUGAAUGAAGAAUCCUUGGUGUUUAAGGCCCAAGGAUAUCCCUCUGUCAUCAUGGAGAAGAAGCAUGAAGAGCUUCUCUCAAAACAGAGCCAAACAGAGCCCCCACAGUCAGACUCUAAGUUUGGUGUUGGGAGGCCACAAUCAAACUCUAAGUUUGGUGUUGAAACCCCACAUUCAAACUCUAAGUUUGGUGUUGGGAGGUUCCAACACGGUUCUGAGUAUUUCUGAGGCUCCAUGAGAGUCCUCUGUCAAGCUAAUGACAUUAAAGAAGCGCUUGUUGGGAGGCAACCCAAUGUUUUAUGGUUGACUAUUUUCUUUUGUUAUUUUAUCUUUUUUUUGUAGGAUGAUGAUCAUAAGAAGUCACAAAAACAAUGAAAAAAGCAAAAACAAAAUGAAAAACAGGAAGAAAAACAGCACACCCUGGAGAAGAAGAAGCUGGCGUUCAAACGCCAGUAAUGCUAGCAGUUGGGCGUUUAACGCCCAGUCUGGCACCAUUCUGGGCGUUUAACGCCAGAAAGGGGCACCAGACUGGCGUUAAACGCCAGUAAAGGGUAAAAACCUGGCGUUAAACGCCAGGAAUGGGCACCAGCCCGGCGUUUAACGCCAGAAAAGGCUCAAAACGUGGAUUUUGAUGCCAUUUGGUGCAAGGAUGCCUUUUCCUUGACACUACAGGAUCUGUGGACCCCACAGGACCCUACCAUCACUCUCUCUCUUCUUCCCCCACUCACCAAUCACCUCAACACCUCUUCCCCAAAAACCCCUCACCUAUCAAAUCCCAUCUUUCUCUUCACCACUCACAUCCAUCCUUCAUAAAACCCCACCAACCUCACCCUUCAAAUUCAAACCACUUUCCCUCCCAAACCCACCCUCAAAUGGCCGAACCAUUCACCCUCCCUCUCUCCUAUAUAUACCCUUCUUCAACCCUUCAUUUUCACACAACCUAAACACCCUUUCUUCCCCUUCUAGGCCGAACACACCACCUUCCCCCUCUUCCUCAUUUCUUCUUCUUCUACUCUCUUCUUUCUUCUUUUGCUCGAGGACGAGCAAACAUUUUAAGUUUGGUGUGGUAAAAGCGUUGCUUUUUCGUUUUUCCAUAACCAUUGAUGGCAUCCAAGGCCGGAGAAACCUCUAGAAAGAGGAAAGGGAAGGCAAAGGCUUCCACCUCCGAGUCAUGGGAGAUGGAUAGAUUCCUCUCAAGGGUGCAUCAAGACCACUUCUAUGAAGUUGUGGCCUUGAAGAAGGUGAUCCCCGAAGUCCCCUUUUCACUCAAAAAGGGUGAAUAUCCGGAGAUCCGCCAUGAGAUCCGAAGAAGAGGUUGGGAAGUACUUACCAACCCCAUUCAACAAGUCGGAAUCUUGAUGGUUCAAGAGUUCUAUGCCAAUGCAUGGAUCACCAAGAACCAUGACCAAGGUGUGAACCCGGAUCCAAAGAAUUAUCUUACUAUGGUUCGGGGGAAAUACUUGGAUUUUAGUCCGGAAAGUGUGAGGGUGGCGUUCAACUUGCCUAUGAUGCAAGGAGAUGAGCAUCCUUACACUAGAAGGGUCAACUUUGAUCAAAGGUUGGACCAAGUCCUCACAACCAUAUGUGAAGAGGGCGCACAAUGGAAGCAAGAUUCAAGAGGAAAGCCGGUCCAAUUGAGAAGGCAUGACCUCAAACCCGUGGCUAGAGGAUGGUUAGAGUUCAUACAACGCUCAAUCAUUCCCACUAGCAACCGGUCCGAAGUUACCAUAGAUCGGGCCAUCAUGAUCCAUAGCAUCAUGAUUGGAGAAGAAAUAGAAGUUCAUGAGGUUAUAGCCCAAGAACUCUAUAGGGUGGCGGACAAGACCUCUACCUUGGCAAGGUUAGCCUUUCCUCACCUCAUUUGUCACCUCUGUUAUUCAGUGGGAGUUGACAUAGAGGGAGACAUCACCAUUGAUGAGGACAAGCCCAUCACUAAGAAAAGGAUGGAGUACACAAGAGAUCCCACUCAUCAUGAGAUCCCUGAGAUUCCUCAAGGGAUGAAUUUUCCUCCACAAGACUAUUGGGGGCAACUAAACACCUCCCUAGGAGAGUUGAGUUCCAAUAUGGGACAACUAAGGGUGGAGCACCAAGAACACUCCAUUCUCCUCCAUGAAAUUAGAGAGGAACAAAGAAUCAUGAGAGAGGAGCAACAAAGGCAAGGAAGAGACAUUGAGGAGCUCAAGCACUCCAUAGGACCUUCAAAGGCAAGGAAGAGCCGCCAUCACUGAGUUCUUCUUUGCUUGAGGACAAGGAAACCUUUAAGUUUGGUGUUGACGCUUCGCUUAUAGGUUUUCUGGCACAAAAGGGAGGCAAAUCAUCUUCACGGAAGAGCACAACCUGAAGAAUAAAGCGACCACUAGGAUAACUAAGGUGGUUGAGUUCCUUUCAUUCUAUAUUCCUUCCCGCUUUUACUAUGUUAUAUUCUGGUUUCCUGCUAUUUUUCCUGGUUGUUGCAUAACCCUUUAUUAGUUAGAUUCCUAGGUUCUAGUUUAGUUUUCUCUUAAUUGCUCUAAUUUGAAAAGAUGUCUCAUGUAUUACUCACUAAGCUUGAAUUCAAAAAAAAAAUACAAAAGUGAUGUAUUGCGUGAGAAAUUGAGUUUAAUUUUAAGAGUAGUCCUAUUUACUUAAAUGUGGUGGUAUUUUCUGUGAUCUUGAAUGCAUGACAUGAACAGUGCAUAUUUAAAUUUGAAUCAAAGAAUGUUGAUGUACAAGGAAUAGGAAUUUAGAAAAUUAUUAUGAUUUCUCUAAAAUUAAUGAAAUUUUAAUCCUUGAAGCAAAAGAAACAGCAAAAGAAAAAUAAAAGCAAAGUCCAAGGCUCUGAGCAUUGAUGAGCGGAUAAUUUGUAUACUUUUUGGCAUUGUUUUUAGUAUGUUUUUGAUAUGAUCUAGUUAGUUUUUAGUAUAUUUUUAUUAGUUUUUAGUUAAAAUUCACUUUUCUGGACUUUACUAUGAGUUUGUGUGUUUUUCUGUGAUUUCAGGUAUUUUCUGGCUGAAAUUGAGGGACCUGAGCAAAAAUCUGAUCCAGAGACUCAAAAGGACUGCAGAUGCUGUUGGAUUCUGACCUCCCUGCACUCGAAGUGGAUUUUCUGGAGCUACAGAAGCCCAAUUGGCGCGCUCUCAACGGCGUUGGAAAGUAGACAUCCUGGGCUUUCCAGCAAUAUAUGAUAGUCCAUACUUUGCCCAAGAUUUGAUGGCCCAAACCGGCGUUCAAAGUCACCUCAAGAAAUCCCAGCGUUAAACGCUGGAACUGGCACCCAAAUGGGAGUUAAACGCCCAAACUGGCACUAAAGCUGGCGUUUAACUCCAAGGAGAGUCUCUACACGAAAUUUCUUCAUUGCUCAGCCCAAACACACACCAAGUGGGCCCGGAAGUGGAUUUUUAUGUCAUUUACUCAUCUAUGUACUAGUUUUCUAUAAGUAGGACCUUUUACUAUUGUAUUAGGGACAUCUUGGUAGCUAUCUUUGAGUUUUAUGCUAUCCUAGACCAUUGGGAGGCUGGCCUCACGGCCAUGCCUAGACCUUGUUCUUAUGUAUUUUCAACGGUGGAGUUUCUACACACCAUAGAUUAAGGUGUGGAGCUCUGCUGUACCUCGAGUAUUAAUGCAAUUACU